CACAACUGGAGGAAACGCUGCCGGAAUCUGACCCACAAGGCCAAUAUCUAACUAACGAAAUAAAGUAAAGCCAAAUUUCGGUAAAUCCUGGUUCCAAAGUUUUCAGCCAUGAGUCAGGGGCAACCUCAGAGACCCAUAAAAUACGGCGACGCGUUCCCCGUUUCCGGCGACCACGCAAACCAGACCGUCGCCCCUAGAGAUGCUGCCAUGAUGCAGUCUGCUGAAGGCUUGGUUCUUGGUCUGACCCAGAAAGGUGGUGCCGCCGCCGCCACCAUGCAUAGUGCUGCGGACCGCAACGAAGCUGUCGGCGCUGUCGCCCACGAAGAGUUUUCUGCUGUUGGUGAAGGCCAGGGUGUUACUGUUGCCGAGGCUGAGCUGCCGGACAGACGUGUUGUUGUGGAGUCGGUCGGAGGGCAGGUUGUUAGGCUAUUUGCACAGGCUCUCAGUCAGGGUGUUGGGCAGCUCAGGGAGCGGACAGGGGACGUGCAGGGUGGCGGGGAGUUAAGGCAAGGGGCUGGGGAUUUAGGAGAAGGGAAGUUGACAAUAGGGGAGGCAUUGGAGGCCACAGGGUUGACUGCGGGGCACAAGGUAGUGGAGCAGAGCGAUGCAAGUGCAAUAGAGGAGGCGGAGAUGAGGGCGAGGGGAGGAGUGGCGGCCGCAGCGCAGUCUGCAGUGGCAUCAAAUGCGGGGGCCGAGAGGGAUGAGGAAAAGACCACGCUCGGCGAUGUGCUCAAGGCGGCGACGGAGAAGUUGCCAGCAGACAAGCCGGUGACAUGGGAGGACGCCGAGAGGAUAGCAGCGGCUGAGAUGCGAAACAAUCCCAAGCUCACCACUCAUCCUGGGGGCGUUGCAGCCUCUGUCGAUGCAGCCGCGAGAAUCAACGAGUCGGACUGAUCGUCGGCUUCUAUCUAUGCUCUCUCGUUUAAAGAUGUUUCUUAUUGGGAUCUGUAAAUGGUUCACCUUUCAUGUCUUUGUUUCUCUUAGAGAAGGUACAUUUGAGUGUAGGUUAAUAGGAGUAGAAGAGAGGAGGUUGAGGUUUCUUAGUAUUUGUGUAUGCAUGUGGUUGCAAUGCCAUUGUUGUUUAAUGGGA